AUGGCGCCUUCCACGAACCAGCGAUCCAUAGAAGCCCGCGAGCGGAAGGCUGCUGCGGCAGCUGAAGCCGCCCGCAUCAAACUCGAGGAGGCGGAGAGAAAAAAGUGGGAAGACAAUGACAAGAGCUUGGCGAGAAAGGCUGAAAGAAAGGCGACAGCUCAACAGAAAGCUGAGGAGCGUUUACAGCACAGAGCGGAGCUGCGCCGCCUUGCUGCUGAGGAAGAUGCUGCGGCCGCGCGGAACACACAGAAGAAGGCGCCUCCGCCCAAGUUGACUCGCGCCCAGAUUCAGCAGCGGGCCCUGCUAGCGGCGGCUCAGAAGAAGAAAGCGGAAGAGGAGGAGGCGAAAGGAUCCCCAGCAGAAAUGGAACUGCAACCCAACAUCAAUCACAUUAUUCGACAGCAGACUCUCCAGGCACGCGAGGCGGGUAUCGAGUUCAUGACCGCGACUUCGAUCGACGAGGCGCUGGCCGCGAUGUCGCUGAGUGAAGGGGCGGAUCGGCAUCCGGAGAGGAGAAUGAAGGCGGCCUACAAGGCCUACGAGGAAACGUGGUUACCGCGACUGAAGGCCGAGAAUCCGUCUCUGAAGCGGUCUCAACUGAUAGAGAUGCUUUCCAAACAGUGGAGGAAGGCACCAGAGAAUCCAAUGAACCAAGCCGCUUUGGCAGCAGCCUCGUCGCCGUCAUCUGUGACGCCUUGA